UCCCAUUUCUUUUUACUUACAUUUAUCCGGUCGUAGCAGGUAAAGAAAAUGUUACGGUAGAAGUACGAUUUUAAUCUGGUGAACAGCUACUGCUUUAGAAGAGCUCUUCUUUCAGGCUACAUUAGCUGAAAAUGGAACGGCGAAGUUGGCCUUGGAAGAAGAAAUCAUCUGAGAAAACGACAACUACAACAGAUUCGACUAGCACUUCUUCACCUCAUCCAGUUGGCAAUCAAGAAGAUCAGGAACGUACAAGAAGUGUAAAUUAUGUUCAAGUUUCUGUAGAGAAAUAUGCACAUCUCAGUGAACUGGAGGAGCAGGUGACUAUCUUGAAUGAAAAAUUAUCUUCAGCACAAUCAGAGAUGACCACCAAGGAGAAUUUGGUAAAACAGCAUGCUAAAGUUGCUGAAGAAGCAGUAUCAGGUUGGGAAAAAGCUGAAGCAGAAGCCGCAACACUGAAAAUUCAACUUGAGUCUGUAACACUGUUAAAGCUUACAGCUGAAGAACGGGCAUCACAUCUUGAUGGUGCUCUAAAGGAGUGCAUGAAACAGAUACGGAAUGUGAAGGAAGAAAGCGAGCAAAAAUUACACGAUGUAGUUUUUGCAAAGACUAGGCAAUGGGAAAAGGUCAAGGCUGAACUGGAAGCAAAAAUAGUUGAUUUUGAUCAGGAGCUCUUAAGGGCUUCUGCUGAAAAUAUGGCACUUUCGAGAUCUCUUCAAGAACGUUCUGCUAUGCUGAUGAAGAUUAGUGAUGAAAAAUCUCAAGCUGAUGCUGACAUUGAAGUAUUGAAGAACAAUAUACAAUCAUUUGAAAGAGAAACAAGUUCUUUAAAAUAUGAACUUCAUGUUGUCUCCAAGGAGCUGGAAAUUCGCAAUGAAGAGAGGAACAUGAGCAUGAGAUCUGCUGAUGUGGCAAACAAGCAGCAUUUAGAAGAUGUCAAGAAAAUAUCAAAAUUAGAAGCAGAAUGCCAAAGGUUACGCGGUCUUGUUCGAAAGAGGUUGCCUGGUCCUGCUGCAUUAGCUCAAAUGAAGUUAGAAGUUGAGAAUUUAGGUCGAGACUGUGGGGAAAACAAAUUACGGCGCUCUCCUUCCAAAAACUCCAGCCCACAUCAUAUAUCAACUCCGGUUCCAGACUUUUCCCUUGAACAAAUCCAGCAGUUCAAGAAAGAGAAUGAAUUUCUUACAGCACGUUUGUUAGCAAUGGAGGAAGAGACAAAGAUGCUAAAAGAGGCCUUGUCAAAACGAAAUAGUGAGCUACAGGCUUCAAGAAACAUGUGUGCUAAUACAGCAAGCAAGCUUCGAAGCUUGGAAGUGCAGAUGUUUGCUCCAAACCAACAAAAGAGCCCCUCAAAAUCAAAUAGUUAUACCCAGUUCAGUGGUACCUUAAGCCAACAUGAAAGCAACCCACCGAGCCUGACCUCCAUGUCUGAAGAUGGUGUUGAUGAGGAAGGAAGCUGUUCUGAGUCUUGGGCUACAGCAUUAGUAUCAGAGCUCUCACAGUUCAAGAAAAAAGAUGUUGACAAGAGUAACAAGGCAGAAAAUUCAAAUCAUUUGAAACUUAUGGAUGACUUUUUAGAGAUGGAGAGAUUAGCAUGUUUAUCAGCAGAGACUAAUGGCACUGCCACUAUUUCAGAUGAUGUGACUGAUAAGAUGAAAAUUGAAAAUGCUGAAGCUACUUCAGUGGCUGACGUUCAAAAGAAUGGGGGUGGUGAAGAGCAACAACUGGCCUUGGUGCCACCAACAAAUCUGGCAUAUCCUAGCAAGGAGCAACUAGGUGGGGAGCAUGUAACAAGAAAGUUUGAUUCUCCACUGUCAAAACUGCAGUCACGAAUAGCUUCUAUGUUUGAAUCUGGAGCCCUGGACAUUGAUAUGGAAAAGCUUUUGGAAGGUAUUAGACACAUCGUUCAGGAAGUACAGGAAGAGUUGCCUCAGCACUCUGGUUGUCUUAUUGAAGAAACUCACUCCACAGAUGCUACUUGUGAUCAAAAUCGCUGCCAUGAAGACAUGGGUGAAACUACAUACAGUGGGAUUUCUUCAAAGCAAGAUCAUAAUUCAUGUAGUGAUGGCAACAAUGUCAUAGGUCCCGUAUUGAAGAAUGCAAUUUCUCAUAUUCAUGAUUUUGUCAUUUCUCUUGGUAAAGAUGCUAUGGAAAUUCAAGGCAAGACUUCUGAAGAACAUGGACUAAGUGAGAGAAUGGAGCAGUUCUCUGCAUCUGUUAACAAAGUUCUACGUAAUGAAAUAAGUAUAACCAAUUUUAUUCUUGGAUUGUCCCACAUUUUGUGUGAAACCAGUGAGAUGAGUUUUAACAUGUCAGGCAAACAGUGCAAUGAAGGAGAAAGCAAUAGCUCUGAUUGCAUAGACAAGGUAACUUUACUAGAAAAUAAAGUGGUUCAGCAUGCAUCGACAAAAGAGAAUUUAUCAAGAGUGUGUUCGCUUGUACCUCAUUCUUUGUCUGAUCCUGAGAUUGAAGGGCCCAUUAGCCAUGACUUUGAAGUAAAGGCCACAUUGAAGAUGUGCUCCCUGGAGGAAUUUAAAUGCCUGAAAUUGGAGAAAGAGAAAAUGGAGAUGGAAUUGGCUAGAUGUAAUGAAAUGCUGGAACGUACAAAGCAUCGGCUGGUUGAAAUGGAGGAAAACCUGGCAGAGCUUAAAUCACUAUUGACUGCCAGUCAGAAAUCAAACAGCUUGUCUGAGACACAAUUGAAAUGUAUGGCAGAGUCCUAUAAGACAUUGGAAUCACGGACACAAGAAUUAGAGGCUGAAGUAGUCCUGCUGCAUACAAAAGCAGAAAUUUUGGAUAAUGAGCUUCAAGAAGAAAGGUGCAGCCAUCAGGAUGAUUUAGCGAAAUACAAAGAUCUUCAAGAGCAGAUUGAAAGGAUUGAGAAGAGUUCAAUGUGCUCUGGUGCUGACACAGAUAUUAAAUCUAAACAGGAGGAGAUAGCAGCAGCAGCAGAGAAGCUUGCAGAGUGUCAGGAGACCAUACUUCUUCUUGGCAGGCAAUUGCAAGCGAUGCGUCCGCCAGCAGAAUCUUUGAGUUCCUAUCCAAACAAUAGAUAUCCAAUGAGCGACUUCUUUUUGGAAAAUGAACCAGGUCCGAUCGGCUUUAACCCUGGUCACUCUGAGAUGGAAAAUGCUUCUGUUUAUAUGACACACAGAACUGGGAGCGAGUCUCCCUUGGAUGGAUACAACUCUCACAUGAGCCCAUCAGACACUGAAGCAAGCUCAUUUCCUAGAUCACCUGUCAGCUCGAAGCGCCAAAAGCACAGGUCAUCCAGAUCAUCAUCCUCUAUUUCCUUGCCUAAUACCAUGCCUGAGAAACAUGGACGUGGUUUCAGCAGAUUUUUCUCAAAGGGGAAGAGUGAUCAUUAAGACAUGCCUUUAGAGCAGUUCUCUGCUGCAUAUAAUGGUGUGGUUGUCCAUGCUCUGAUCAGCCACAAGUCAUUGUCUAUUUAAACUUCAGCAGUUUGCAGUCUUUCAAAGUAGUUGUCUGGGGCUCGAUAGAUCCCACUUGCAGAAGAUGAUGUUUGUUUGUGAUGGUAGCGGUUAUCUUCAAUUUUAUUUACUCAAGUGUCAGGGGCCUUGAGCUGAGCUUCUCAAAUUGCAGUUUGUCGAAGCUCCAUUACCAUGUGUCCUUGAUACUAAACUGAUCAGGAUAGGAGGACAGGAAUCAUGGGUGUCCCAAACUGAAGGUCACUGUAAAUUGGCAUGGUGGAGUGCAUUCCAUUUUCCUUUUCCUUUUUUUUUUUGUAAGAACAUGAGAUUUGUAUUGGACAGCCGUGUUUUUGGUGCAACUAUUUGUUUGUGUACAGUUAACUUGCAUAAAAGCUUCUUCAAUCUAAAAUUAUGGUAUCUUUGGCUGUCAA